AUGGCGAAAGCAGAGCUCCCUGGCUUUCCGCUACCGUUAAAUCUCUAUGAUUACUCCUGUAGAGCAACAGACCGUUUCCCGCAUGUUCUGCGACUCACAGACAUGGGUGAUGAAUAUGUUAGGAAACUGUGUACAUAUCGAGAACUCCUUAUCAUGAGAGUCCUAAACUCCAUUACUGAUAAGCCGGGGUGGUACCUGGAGGUAUUCGACGAGGCAACUACCGCCAAAUGGCGCAGAGAGAUCGCUGCCAGUGAUGAGGAAAUUACCCCUAAUAUGGUGCGUUGGAUCAUGGAUGAGGUGAAGUGGAAAGCGCAAAAGUAUUCCGCCACUGGCCAUGUUGUCGUGUUCGAUUCUGGGGUCGUCAAGUCGGACACUGCAAUCUCGGAUGAACUACAGAACGCAUUGAAGGAAGGUGUGCGAAUACUCGAAGAUAGUCUUACAGGAAAGGAUUGUCAUCCAGGCUCCGAUGACAAGGUUGCGGACCUUGUAGAUCCAUCUCUUUUCCCGGUUGUCUUUAACCGAACGAGAGCUAUCUCUGAUUCUUUGAUUAAGCUUGAAAGGUCCCUUGACAUUAUCGGACACGGAACGGUUCUUCUUUCUGAUACUCGCGAACAUCCUUGGUUUAGCAAUCGCAAACAGUAUAGCUGGGAGUUUCAGUGGCUGCCUUGUGACGUGGAUCUCCUCGACAAUGGUUUAUGCGCCAUAGUAUCUUAUAUCAACAAUCUUCACCCGCGGCAGAAUGCGCGCCUUUAUCGUGUCAUUGAAAAAAUCAUUGCCCAGGCUAUCCCGCUCUGGAAUACAACAUUAACCUACACGAAACGCGGCUAUUGGCGGAUGGAAUGUCCUAGGCUGGUGGAAUAUGAUGACUCUGACUCUGAUUACGACUCGUCAGAGGGCCGUCGGUUACGACCAGUUGGAAUUUUUCAAGAGACUGGCCUGCAGAUAAUAGUGAAGCUCGUCAACAUCGAGUUGACGCCUGAGAAACCUGAAUAUCACGGAGGGUCAUGGCACGUGCAAGGGCGACUUAAUGAGCACAUCUGCGCAUCGGCGAUCUACUAUUAUGACAGUGAUAAUAUCACCGAGGGGACUCUCUCUUUCCGUCAACGUGCAUUUACAGAUUUAGCUAUAUGGGACAACAUGAAAGAAAUCUAUCAGCUAUUACAAGAUAUUUACGACUUUCCGGUAGGCAUCUACGAGAGCGAAUCAAUCGAUGUCACUCAAGAGCUUGGUAGCGUGGUCACCAAGGAAGGGCGUCUUCUUACGUUCGCGAACAUUCUGCAGCAUCGCGAAUCCCCUUUCUCAUUGGAAGACCGCUCCAGACCUGGUCAUCGCAAAAUCCUGGCGUUACUCUUGGUUGAUCCUCACCUGCGGAUUAUCUCGUCUUCGAACGUGCCACCACAACGAGAGGAUUGGGCCAUAGAGAGGGAAAUGACCAUUCAGCAGGCUCUCCGAUCCCUACCCCAGGAGCUUAAAGAUAUGGUUUACGCAAAUUUGGAUUUUGCAUACAUGACUAUGGAGGAGGCGAAGGGGUUCAGAUUGCGACUUAUAGAGGAGAGGAGGUCUGCCGCUGUAACUCAAAAUGAAUACUUUGAGACUACUAUUAUGCCCCAUCCAGAGCUUUAUUAG